UUCUUUGCCAACCAACAAAGGCAGGAACAGCGACUUGAUUUUCUUUAUAGCCUAGGAAAGUGCUGAUAGUUCAUAUUCUAAAGUAGUUUCUAUCUAUCUUUCUCGGUAAGUCUUGGUCGUCCGCCCAUUCCCCGACUCUACUCACCUUCCAGAGGGCAAAUCCAGCGGCUGAUUUCAAGCGACGAUCGAUGAUCAGACGGUGACUAUCGUUUUGUUGUGAUCUAAUUAACAUGAAACGCAGUUCACAUGAAAAGAUUUGAAGAUCAAGAAAAUGGGAGUUUUGCAAAGUAUCUUCAGAUCCUGGCGCAGUGGUAGAGAAGAUGAAGAAAGUUCAGGGGAGCUGAACCCUAUCCUUGAUCAUUACCAGAAGCCCAGUAAUGGAGGUUCUUUUCGUGCAUUAUUGUGUAUUAUUUUCAAGAAUCUACUGCGGAGGAUCUCAAACAUCCGUUUAUUUUCAAAGCCAAGAAAACCAGAACCUAUACUUCCUGUUGUAAAUCCAGUAGUAUCAACCAGAUAUCAUGGGUCUUCGGCAAUCCAAGAGAUUUCUUCUGCUAGUUCAGAUUCAUCUUCGGACUCGAGCCCAGGCGCCACGUAUGUCCCCCCUUCAGAUUUGGAGAGGCAGAGGAAUUACUCGGACAUAGAAAAUGAAUCCCCUCCUCCAGAUUUAGUGUUGCAGAGAGACUACUCAAACUCAGAAAAUGAAGUGUAUGCUAAUGCUGCAUGGCUGCAAAAUCCGCCAGUUUCAUCUGCAAUCCGGACAGAGUCCUUGGAGGUCGACGAUUCAAACUAUAUCAAACAGCUGAAUGUGAUAAUUGAUGUACCUACCUUUAAUUGCUCUCUUGCCCACAAAAACGCAUUUGACGUAGUGGAUUCAGCUGUUUUUAUUGAAAACGAGAAAAAUCAGCUUGAACCGAGUGACUCCAGAGAGGAAGUUGAGGAAGAGAAGGUGAUAAAUUGUUUGGUGGCAGAAGGGAAAUGGAUAAAGCACUAUAAUAGUUACCACAGGAUACUGCUUGUGGGUGAAGGAGACUUCUCUUUCUCUGCUAGUUUGGCUGUGGCUUAUGGUUCUGCCUCCAACAUGAUUGCAACUUCUCUUGAUUCUGUUGAUUUUCUGAAGGAAAAUUAUAAGCGUGCAAUGUCCAACAUUGGGAAGCUUAGAAGUAGGGAGUGCAUUGUCAUGCAUGGGAUUGACGCUACAAAAGUUGCAAGUCAUCACUUUCUUGGAGGAAUGACAUUUGAUAGAAUAAUUUUCAACUUUCCUUUCGCUGGAUUUUUCAAGGACUUAUCUCGUGAGGCUCAACUAAGAAAGCACAGAAGACUUGUGAGUUUGUUUCUUAAGAAUGCUAAAGAAAUGAUUGGUGAAAAUGGUGAAAUUCACAUUUCCCACAAAACCAAUGGUUUUCAUGAAGAAUGGAUGUUAGAAUCAGUGGCUUCUUCCCACAGGCUUGGGCUCAUUGAGGCUGUGGAAUUCAAUCGGUUUGAUUAUGAAGGUUACAACACCAAGUGUGGAUUUGGGGGUGACAAAAAUUUCCAUUGUUACCCUAGCAAAACUUACAAAUUUGGUCUUAAAAGGGCACAAUUUCAUCUGUUAAGUUAGUCACUUGAUACGGUAAUGGAAAAAAUAAAUACUAUGAUAAUGGUAUGUAAAUAUUAUUUCUAUUUCGUGAGUGUUUAAACAACGGGACAACGUUUGAAUUUGGUGUGAUCUGCUUCUAAUGUCUUGAAUGUUUACCUA